AUGUAUCACCAGCUGCGCAUACGGAAGGAGGAUACGAACGCCCAGAGGUUCCUGUUCCGGAACGACCCAACGGCCGAGCCUGAGGUGUACAUCAUGGACGUCGCCACCUUCGGGGCAACUUGCUCGCCGUGUGCCGCGCAGUUUGUGAAAAACAAGAACGCGGAGGAGUUCUCGAAGCAGUAUCCCGCGGCGGCGAAGGCAAUCGUGGAGAACCAUUAUGUCGACGACUACUACGACAGCGCGUCGACGGUCGACGAAGCGAUUCAGCGGGCGAAGGAGGUCAGACUCAUCCACUCGAAAGCGGGCUUUGAGAUCCGCAAUUGGGUGGCCAGUUCAAGCGAGGUUGUCCGCGCGCUGGGCGAGAAGAAAGCCGAUCAGAAAGUUCAUCUCAGCCAAAACAAGACGACCGGUUACGAACGAGUGCUGGGCAUUGUGUGGAACACUAGCACCGACGAGUUCUUGUUCUCUGCCGAGAUGAGAGAGGAUCUGGAGCGGUACUUGAAAGGAGAGCUGCGGCCCACGAAGCGGGUGGUGUCGAGCUGCGUUAUGAGCCUGUUCGACCCUCAAGGUUUUCUGAUCUCGUUCACGAUCUUCGGGCGGAUUUUGAUCCAGGACUUGUGGCGGGCUGGCUGUGAUUGGGACAAGGCGGUCGACGACGAAGCGGGCGCGCACGAUCUGAACUACGAGACGUUGGAGCUUCAUGUGUUCUGCGACGCGAGUCAGUGCGCUUACGGUGCUGUCGCCUUCUUCUGGAUUAUGUCGUCGGUAGGCCCAAUCUGCGCGCUCGUGUCCGGGAAGUCAAAGGUGGCACCGCUGAAGCUACUCAGCAUCCCGCGCUUGGAACUGCAGUCAGAUGUGGUCGGCUCGAGACUCAUGAACUUCGUGCAGGAGAACCACACCCUCAAGAUUGCGGAACGGUUCAUCUGGUCAGACUCUGAAGUUGCUUUGUCGUGGAUCCAUUCUGACCAGCGAAAGUAUAAGCAAUUCGUUGCCUUUCGCGUCGGCGAAAUUCUGACGCUGACCAAGCAGAGCGAGUGGCGGAAGGUGCCAUCAAAGCUGAAUCUGGCAGACAUGCUCACCAAGUGGGACAACAAGCACAGUUUCCGGCAGGACGGGCCAUGGUCACGAGCGCCGGAAUUCAUCGAAGAAGCCAAGAGACUGUGGGACAUCUCGAAGCAGCAGGUGCAGCUGAACACGCCCGAGGAGAUGCGAGCGAGUGUGCUGUACCACAGCAUCAUUGUCACCGAGCAAAUCAUCAAUCCUCAAAACUUCUCUCGCUGGACGGUGAUGAAAAGCAAAGGGUUUGCCGAUCGAAGCACUUCCCCUUUCGAAGGCGAUGAAGGGGCUCGUGAAAAGACCGUGCCAGUAGUUCCAGUCCCGCUGAAGCGGGAAGAAUACCAGAUGGCGGAAACAUACUUGUGGAGAUGGGCGCAAGCGGGCUACUUUCCGGACGAGGUGACGACCCUCCUUAAAAACCUCGAACUCCCCGCGGACAAGAAGCUAUCCUUGGAGAAGAGCAGCGUGCUGUACAAGCUGACCCCGUUCCUGGAUGAGCAGAAAGUGAUGCGAGUUGACGGUCGACUUGAGCGAGCUACCAUGGUUCCGUUUGAAGUUCGCUUUCCCGUCAUCCUGCCCAAAGGUCAUCCCGUGACAACGAAGCUGCUGGAGCACUAUCACCAGAAGAUGGGCCACGCGUACUUCGAGACGGCAAUCAACGAGCUUCGACAGCGUUUCUUCAUCCCGAACCUACGAGCCGAGCUGAAGCGGGUGAUGACGGCGUGCGUGAAGUGCAAGGUGGAGAAAAGCGUACCGGCGAUCCCGAGAAUGGCACCACUUCCAGUCCAGCGUGUGACUCCAUAUCAGCGGGCGUUCAGCUACACCGGGGUCGACUACUUCGGCCCAGUAGCAGUGACGGUCGGGCGGCGUUCCGAAAAGCGUUGGGUCAGCCUCUUCACGUGUUUGACCACGCGUGCCAUCCAUCUAGAAGUCGUGCAUAGCUUGACCACACAGUCGUGCGUCAUGGCUAUCAGACGAUUCGCUUGUCGGAGGGGAAUGCCCAUCGAGUUCUUCAGCGACAACGGCACGAACUUCCAGGGCGCGAGUAAGGAGAUCGUACGCGUGGACGCGGAAUGCAGAGAAGAGUUCACCGACGCCAGAACGAGCUGGAACUUCAACCCACCAUCAGCGCCGCACAUGGGCGGGGUCUGGGAGAGGCUUGUGAGGUCGGUCAAGGAAGCACUGAAGGCGUUCGACGACGGGAGGAAGCUAACGGACGAAGUGUUGCUGACCAGUUUGGCGGAAGCGGAGGAUCUCAUCAACACACGUCCGCUGACGUACCUGUCAACCGAAGCAGGAUCAACCGAAGCUCUCACGCCCAACCAUUUCUUGCGAGGAGUGACGACUAACGACCGCGGAGCUCAACGCGCUGAAUCGACCAGUCCAGCCGAAGCUCUCCGAGACUACUACAAGCGGUCGCAACUCCUUGCUGACUGUUUUGGAAACGCUGGAUUGCGGAGUACCUUCCGACCCUGA